CUGGUGACACAAGUUGUUGCCGCACAAACACACGUUGUGAAAUGACAGACUUGAAUAGCAAUCGCUUCCGUGACAUCACAGACACAUGUCGCCUCCAUUGCGCAACGUCUUUUGUUGUGGAGCCGCGGUCACGUCACGUCACGCACGGAACCUUCUAGAACGCGUGACGCAACGGCGCAAUAUUUUUUGCAAGUCACUGCGAGGCCCAAACCGGGGGAUUUUACUACUUCUCUGUCCACCCAGUGAGGUUUAUAUGCGGGAUGCACAAGAGAUACCGCAGGAAGUAGACUGACGACUCAAGUCGGACUCUAGUCUUUGCUUCCUGGCGGCAGCGGGUGAUGUAACUGCUGGUAACUCAACAUGCUGCCGUGCGAUUGGCUGACGGCUUGACAGAGACACCAUGGUGACGUAGAUUUCGCUACUCGUCCUAUUGGCUGCCCGAGUUAUUGUCCGUUCGCGAUUGGCUGCCAUUGAUGGGCUCAGGACGUCCUUCCUUUCUAUUGGCUGCUGGUGCUGACUUUUCAGUGUUGCCGGGUGAUGCGGAAGUGAGAGUCUGGAGCUGGGAGACCCACGGGCGGUACUGACACGAGGAGAGCGUAAGACAAGCGGGUGUGUGUGAGGGGGGUAAAGACUGUGUGUGUUUUGGGGGUCCCUGCUUCUUCGGGGCUCCCAGACAUGCUGUCUCUGAAGAAGUAUCUCACUGAGGGUCUGAUUCAGUUCACCAUUCUGCUAAGCCUGAUGGGUGUACGUUUGGACCUGGAUUCUUACCUACCUUCUCAUCUGCCCCCUUUGCACGAGAUUAUCCUAGGACCUACCUCCGCCUACACCCAGACCCAGUUCCACAGCCUGAGAGGCACUUCAGACGGCUAUGGGGUACAUCCCAAAAGUGUCGAUCUGGACCAGUUCUUCACAUCCAGGAGACUGCUGGGCUGUGUGCGAGCCCUCGACCGCCUGACCGUGCCCAGCACAGAGGUAGACGCGUGGCUAGUGCACAGGGAAACUGAGGGAUCCGUAUCAAGUGCACAGACUGGCUCUAGCCGUCCCUCAGACAGCCCACCGGAUCUAAACAGCUCUGGAUCAGAACCAAAUCGUGACGGGCAAGGGCUGGAAGAACUGGGGGCAACUGCUCAGCCUGGAAGUUCAGAUUUGAGCAAGGAGGAUAUUGACCUGAUUGAUAUUUUGUGGCGCCAGGAUAUUGACUUGGGUGUUGGGCGUGAAGAUUUUGAGAAUCGACAGCAGCAGAAUGAAAACGAGGACGUGUGGGAACCCCUAAGAGAUGGCGCAGAGCCCCUGGAGCCUGCUCUGCAGGUGGAUGGAGAGACCGGGGAGAGUAUCCGUCGGGAUCAGACUGCUCUCUCCUUGGAGGAAUGUCUGAGUCUCCUGGAUGUUACUUUUCCUUUUGGUGACUCUCCUGAGUUUCCUGCGUCUAACACCUCUGGUCUCCCUGAUGCUGAGCCACGCCCUGAGGUGUCUGAUAGAACAGACCUCCUAUUGUCCCCUUUAAUACCAGAUAUGAGGGCCUCUUUGGAUCUGGAAGAGCAGUGGCAGGACCUAAUGUCUCUCAUGGAUAUGCAGGCAAUGGAAGUGAAUAGCUCCGCUGAGGAUCCCUUGUAUCUGAGUUUGGAUCCACCACUUCAACUGGAUGUGAAUCUGGAUCAGGCUUCCCUCCCAGGCUGCUCUCACAAUACGUCUUCCCUUUUCACUCCCACCCUAGAGCCUUUCUCAGCUUCUGAGUCCCCUGUGCCACAACUCUCUUCCCACAAUUCCACUGACCUAAACUCAACAUUUGGCUUUACUAAUCUGACUGGACUCCUAUUCCAGUCACAGCUGAACAAUACAGGAAACAUCACAUCCCCUACCACCAUGCCGGACCCUCUUUGUGGACUUCUGGAUGAAGCUCUGCUGGAUGAAAUCAGCUUGAUGGAACUAGCCCUUGAAGAAGGCUUCAGUCAGGUUCAGACUUCACAGCUCCAGGAAGAACUGGAUUCAGAUUCUGGUCUGUCCUUGGAUUCGCAUCACAGCCCUUUGUCUCCCAGUGGAUCUGAAUCGUCCUCUUCUUCCUCUUGCUCAUCAUCUUCUUCAUCAUCUUCAUUCUCUGAAGAGGGAGCAGUGGGGUACAGCUCUGAUUCUGAAAUGAUUGAGCUAGAGGAGUCUGAAGAAGCCAAUGAUUAUCAACCGCAAUACAGUAAGUUCUGCAGGAUGAGUUCCCAGGAUCCCAGUCGAUUCCGACACCUGCCUUUCCUGGAGCAUGUUGGGCACAAUCACACAUACAACAUGGCUCCCGAGGAGCCAGAGGAAAUGCAGCCAAUCAUGGAGAGGAAUAGCCGGAGACAGGCAGGUUUUCUAGACAGACAGGCGGGUCGUGAUGAACAAAGGGCCAGGGCUAUGAAGAUUCCAUUCAGUAAUGACAAGAUCAUUAACCUGCCUGUGGAGGAGUUUAACGACUUGCUUGCCAAGUACCAGUUAAGUGAAGCGCAGCUCUGUUUGAUAAGGGACAUCCGCAGGAGAGGCAAGAACAAAAUGGCAGCCCAAAACUGUCGCAAGAGAAAGUUGGAUACGAUUCUGAACCUGGAGCAAGAAGUGAAACACCUCAAUCGGGAACGGAGCUCACAGCUUCGGGAGAAAGGAGAAAACCUGAGAUCCCUGCAGAGAAUGAAACAGGAAGUAGAGCAUCUGUAUCAGGAAGUGUUUAGCCAAUUGAGAGACCAGAAUGGCCGUCCAUAUUCUCCCCAGCAAUAUGCCUUGCACUACACAAGCAACGGCAGCGUAAUACUCACUCCUCGCAACGCUGGCGGUCAACAGGGCCGCAGGCCUGAGAGGAAGGAUCGGAGGAAGUGAAGGGGGGUCUGUUUUUGACUUCAGGAAAAUUACAGGACAGGGGGUGUGGGCUGUGCUUUCAUUCAGGCCUCUAUCAAACCUUUCACACAAGAUUGACCCCAGUGAGUGACCAAGAAGAGGUCUCCUCAGUCAGUAUAUCAAGGGCUGUGUCCUGGCCCUGCUGUCCAGAAAUGAGAAGGAGGACUUAGGCUAGCCCAGGAAUUGCUAAGCUUAAGAAACCGACAAAGGGAGGGUGAAAAAAAAAAAGUAGUUUUUUUUAUUCUUGAUCCUAUAACUUGUCUGAAAUUUAGUCAGCUGUGUGUCAGGGACUGAAGUGUCAUCUUGCAUGAGAAGGAGCAGGCGGGACCCCCAUAGAGUCACUGAGCAGAGAGCUGGGGUACAGUGGCCCAGAUGGGUCAGUGUUACUGAAUAGAGAUCCAGAGGAGCAGGUGGGCAGUAGGGUUUUGUAUGCUGCCAGUGGAAGAUCAGGUGUAAUUGGUGGUCCUGCAAGUAAUCGUGUUCUCCCGCUACUAGUGCUGAGAGAUCUACCAGCAGAACGCCAGUGGAAGUUGAAUGCAAUCCAGAUGGGAUGUUUUUUUUUAUGAGUUUGGAGUGCACGGAUCCUCCAUAUUUGUCCAAAGCAAGUUAAAAGGGUAAUCUACAUCCUCGUAAAAGUUUCCAACACUCUCUCCAGUGUUUCAUUGUCCUUCGACUGUCGUAGCCCACCGACAACGCCUUCACCACGUGUUGCUCAAGGCCUUGUUCCCUGGGCGGCGUCUUCACGAGAUCCCGUGUAGUAGAAAAGAUGCUGUUGUACUAUAAAUCCUAUUCACCAGUAGCAGGAAGUGUAUUUACUGAACAGGCGCGGAAUGAAAUCCGUUUUCACAUUUUAUAGAAGAAAAUCUGUUAAGAGUUUGGAGCCGCGCAUCUCCGUGUCAGUCCUUGGGAUAUUCCAGUAUCGGCCGAGAUUUAAAGGCUACGCUUUGCCUCGGUGUUAGAAGAAUUCACUUAGGAUCUACAGCUGCCGCAAAACCAGAACUGCUUUCUGGCUAAAGAAGCUUUAAGAUUAAGGAGGUUGUUUGGUAAUUUGUGUUGGAAUUUGUCUCUGCCCCCCCCCUUCAGUUGAAUUAUCAUUUAAGUGACUUAUAUUGAGGCUAAAGUCCCUAUGGAUUACCUGGCUUGUGUGCUGAACUUAACGUUUAAAGGGGAAGUAUACCCCUCUUUCUCUACUGUGUUAGGGUUUUAUUUUUAUCUCUUGUACAGAGAGCGAGAGAUUGAAACUACUUUUACUUUCCAACUUCCUGGUUAAGGCGGUGCCAGCCAUAAAACAAAUUACCUGUCCAUAGGUAAUCCCCUUGCUUCCCCUUAUCUCAAAAGUUGGCAAAGGCCUCUGCCUGGGGAAGGAAGGAGUUCCUUUAAACCGAGUUAUCUCCAUUUAAACAUUACAGGGAGCAAAUGCCGUCUGUUGUUAUAGCAACCCAUAUAUAUAUAAAUUUACUAGAUAGAAAUAUUCCCAAAGAUACAGUGAAAGUGUUACUGGAUCAGUCUGCAGUUUCACAUUUACCUGAGCACCCAUUGUUCCUACGAGGCCCAAGUACUGACAUGGAGAAUGACGGGUUUUUGCUGUUUUAUUUUUAUUCUUUGAGUGAUAAGACAUAUGCACGUUCCAUAACUGUCAUCCCGGAAAUUGUUCAGCAUUGUAUAAGAUUUGAUCUUUGCUCAAAAAAAAAAACCCAAAAAACUUUUUUUUUUUUUUUUUUUUGAGGAAUAAACAGAUUUUAAAAUAUU